AUGGCGUCGCUCUUCGAUGUGGUGACGUCCACCACCAUCAACGGGAAUUGCGCCCAGUACACGUCGAAAUUGGACCAGCUGGUCACGGAUGCGCUGAAGCUGGCGAAGGCGGGCGUCCAGGCAUGCGACGACUACCAGAAGGCGGACCCGGUGGCGGAGCGGCUCCUGGACGCGUUCUUCCAGAAACCCACGACAGCCGAUGUGCAGUCGGCCAAGAGUUGGUACGAGUACCUGGAGUAUUGGCUGGAGAACGGGGGGCCAUUGACCGGCCGCACGCAGAAGCCGCUGCUGUUCUGCGAAGACCACUCGCAGCGGGUGACGAUGAGCACGCCGAUGCGCGACGCCCAGGGCCAAAUAAAUCCCAACCCCAACGGCAAGGGCAGCUACCUGAUCAAAGAUGACCCGAAGAUGGUAGCAUGGCAGAAGAGCAUUGCGACGAGCCUGCAGGUGGCGGUGAGCGAUGUGUAUCCGUACUGGGACAAGACGCAGCUGCUGUACUGGAUGGACGAGGCCAAGGGGACGGCCCUGCAGUACCAGUGCGCCCAGAACAGCCUGGGCUACACCAACUCCCAGGCCUCGGAGCGCGGCGCGGUCACGCUGUGCCCCUCCUCGUUCGCCCCCGGCACCCUGGGCUCCGUGGCCCCCGUGCCCGUCACGCUGGCCAGCUACAAGGCCAACAACAACUACCCGCCCACUCCCAACCAGCCCAUCAACGACAUCAUGCCCGCCGCCGCCACCUUCUUCCACGAAUUGCUGCACCUCUUCACCGACAUGGGCUUCGUCCCCAGCGUCGGCGAGGAGUACAAUGCCUGGGCCAUCAUGGGUACCAUGGCCCGCGCCAACAACCAGCCCCUGUUUACAGGCUCCGACUCCAUAAGCAACGCCGAGAGCUACACCUUUGUCGCCGGCGCCGCCUGGUAUGCCCAGAACAUGCCCUACAACGGCCAGGUGGUGGAGUACUACACGGGGUGGGCGACAGUGCCGUGAUUGACUACGUCUGACUGACUUGCUACUUACUUUGUACUAUCUGUCAAUAUCUAUGUAUUU